AAAUCAAAUUUCUCCUUUCAAAUUUCAAUCAAGAACCAGAACACACAACCCAAGCAUCACCUUAUCAUUUUUAAUUUUUUAUCAUCAUCAAAAAGAAUAAAAUAAAAAUAAAAACAUCAUUUAUCAUUUAUUGGACGCUAGUGUAAGUGCACCAACUUACUGUGUACCCGUUUACACAUUAAUCCCUUUACCCAUGAGACUUUGAGGCUUGUUGUAUACGCCAUCCAUCCCUUCCGUUCCGUAGUUUCAAAUCAAAACACAGUGCGACUCUUGCCUUGCCAUAUGACCCAUUGACUCUUCCUAUUCACCUCUUACCAAAGUAAAUGACGACGAGCCUCCCAUCGGAGAUCAUCGCCGACAUACUUAUUCGGCUCCCCGUCAAGGACCUCCUCCGCUACAGAUGCGUAUCCAAGCCAUGGUGCUCCUUAAUCGACAGCCCUGAUUUCAUCAAGCGCCACCUCAACCACUCCAAGGAAACCUACUCCAACGCCGGCUUGGUUCUUAACUGGAGCGACAUAUACUGGGUCGACCUUGAUAAUCUUAACUCCGUUGUGGAACUCAAUCACCCAAUCGAUUUUGAGGGCGGUACCGAAGUUUUGGGCUCUUGCAAUGGCUUACUUGUUCUGUUUAAUUCGUAUGAUGAUGUGGCUUUGUGGAACCCAUUCACUAAAAGGUACAGGAACUUACCCAAUACUGAGCUUGAAUUUGCCGGCAAAGAUUUUUGUAUUUGUCAAUAUAUAAUUUACGGAUUUGGGUAUGACCCCAUUCACGAUGAUUACAAGUUAAUACGGUUGGUACAGUAUAUUGGGGAUGAAGAUGACUCUUUUGACUCUGAGGUUAAAGUUUAUAGCCUAAAAACCAAAUCAUGGAAGAGGAUCGAGGACUUUCCUUAUUACCUUUGCUAUAAGAAUGCGUAUGGUGUUCUUGUUGAUAAUGCUUUACAUUGGGUUGUAUCUAGGAAACCAGAAUCUGAUGUUUCCAACUUAAUUGGUGCUUUUGAUAUUGUGAGUGAGGAGUACUAUGUGGUGCCUCAACCUGAUUUUGUGGAUUGUGAUUUUCACAUGACCCUGAAUGUCUUAGGAAGUUGCCUUUGCCUGAUUGCUAAUUACACCUCUGACCAAUCUUCUUAUUUUUGGGAAACCAAGGCGGAUCGUAUUGACAUAUGGGUAAUGAAGGAAUAUGGGGUUAAAGAAUCUUGGACUAAGCUGUAUUCAAUGGUGCAAUCAGAUGAGAUAAGCUCUUUCGGUUAUGUAUACCCAGUUACAUACUUGAAGCCUCGUGGUAAUAAAAUACUAAUGGAUCAGGAUUCCAAAAAGUUUAUUUUGUAUGAUUUGGAAAGGAAUAAGGCUGAGAAUGUGAUGAUUCCUGGUAUGCCUAACCAAUUUGACGAGUGUGUGUGCCUACAAAGCCUUGUUGGACUUGGUGGUAGGGAUGGGGAAAUCUCUGGAAAGAAGGCAGAGAAGCUUAGGAGGAAGAGGAAGCUUAAGAAGAAGCUGAAGCGUAAGGAGGAGGAAGUUGCUAAGAAGGAUGAUUUCUUGUCGAAGGGAUUCAAAUUAGUGUUGUGAAUGACGCUAGCGCUACAGGUAUUGUUUAUAUUGUUUAUUAUUAUUAUUAUUAUUAUUAUUAUUAUUAUUAUUAAUUUGUUAGAGAUAGAAUUUUUCUAUUAGUUAUAAUAUAUCACAUGCUCCUUUUAGAGCUAUUUAUUAAUGAUUCUUGGAGCUUUUAUUUCAUGCUUUCAUUUUGCUUUUCUAAUCUUAUCUUCAGCAUUUCUUUUCAGUUUCAGGGAACUAUUCAGGGUUUAGUUGAUGUGAAUCAUGUUCAUAUUUAAAAAACUUUGAUAAAUUUCCUCUAUAUAUUAUAGCUCUCAUUUUUGCUCUGGAAACUAACUACACUUUUGUGUUUAUCAUACAAACCUCCAUAUAUAUUAUAUUGAAAGAAGGUUAUUGUACAUCUGUUCAUUUCUCAAUACUAUCAAAUUUAACUUAAAAUACUAAAUGCGUGAAGCUAGAUAUGUGUGAAUUUUGCCUGCUAAUCUUAUUGCAAUUACAUACAUUAUUCCAUGCUUUGAAAUUGAGUAGGGAUGAUUUCCUGUCAAAGGGAUUCAAACUGGUGCUGUAAAUGGAUGGAAGCACAGGUAUAUAUAUAUGUUUGUUUAUAUUAUUUUGUUACUUUGUUAGACAUGGUUCUUUUUCUUUAUUUUCUUUUUUAAUUUCAGGGGACUGAUCAGGAUUAGUUCGAUGUUUGAGUCUCGCAUGGAGGAAUCGUGUUCAACUUUGCAUGUCAUAUUUUGGUAAACUCUUUUUUGACAAGGUGGCCAUGUUAGUAGUUUUAAAGUAGGAUUCAGUCUCCGUUUCAAAAAACAAAAGUAGGGUUCAUUGAUACAGUUGUGUGUACUCUGGGAUGGAUCAUUGACCAGCUUUUCAUGUCAUGUUUUGGAAGCUUAGUGUUAAAAUACUUUGAAACUAAAGUGCAUUUCAUAUGUUUCGAA